AUGACCGCUCCACCGCUUUUCCGCGUGAAUCAGCUUAUCGGUAGCGCGCUCUACGGGGAAGUGCUCGAGUGCGAGCUGCUUGGGCACAGCGAGCCCGUCGCAGUCAAGUGCAUAUCACUCGUUCGAGCAGCCGAAGCACGCAACCGAACCCGAACGAUUCGAGAGAUCGACAACCCACUGCAGGAGCAGCGCGUGGCGGAGCUCAUCAUGGCCAACGGGGGCCACCGCAACGUGGUGCAGCCGCUCUUCCACUUCACUCACGACAGGAGACUCUACCUCGUCAACGAACUCUGCGGAGACGGCGAUCUGCACUCACUCGUGGCGGCAAGGAUGAGCGUAUCGUCCCUCCUGGAAGAACAUGAGGUGCUGCCGUUGAUGCGCCAAGUACUGGAAGGCGUCAACUACCUGCACUCGACACUCGGCGUCGCGCAUCGGGACCUGUCGCUCGAGAACGUGCUGCUGAGUCGCGGGGCCUGCAAGAUCACGGAUUUCGGGCUGUCGACGAGCGCUCGAUCGAUGUGCGAGGCUGGCCAAGUGGGCAAGGAGUACUACAUGGCGCCGGAGAUCGUCGCGGGGGAGCGGUACGACCCCACCUUGGCCGACGUGUGGUCGCUGGGGAUCAUGUGGUUCAUCAUGCUGACGGGAUCGCCGCUGCUGUCGCUGGCGUCCCCGUCCGUGAAAGGCUUCGCUGUUGUGGUACAGCAUGGUGUUGGUGCCGUGAUUGAAGUGUGGGGCCACGCGCACCGCAUCUCAAAGAGCACAAUUUCACUCCUCGACAAGAUGCUGAAGGUCGAUCCGAGGCAGCGUAUCUCGCUUGAUAAAGUGCUAAACCAUCCAAUGUUUGCCAGUGGGAUUGCAGUGGGGUAG